AUGACCGAGGACGCCAUCAACAAUACCUUGGAGAGAUCGACUAUACCCUCUCACCAGCACGCCGAGACUCUGCAAAGAGUAGUUGAAAGCGGCAGACGGAUUUACUCAAUUUUGGCACUGCUGGACUUCUAUCAGUAUCUGGCCAACUUCAUUGAAGGUGACCAACUCGACGACGCUAAGCUCCCUUUUAGAAUCGAUACACUCCAAACGCUUGAGAUCCCUGAAGAAGAUGCCAAAGACUUUGAGGACAAACAGUGGGAGCUUCUUGCGCCUGUAUUUCGUCGCGGUACUCUCAAUAGACGUCUUGAUGAGAGCCUCAUCCUCCCUUUCACCCAAGAGAAGAGAAUCGGUAAAGGUGCAUUUGGCACAGUCUAUGAGACCGUCCUUGAUCCUGAUCACCAACUACUUUCAGGCGAAUUUUUUCCGCAAGUUGUAGCUAGAAAGGAAUUCCACAUCAAGGGCCACCAUCACAAAGAGCUUGAGAACCUGUCAAUUCUCAACCAUCUCAAACAUGCCAACAUUGUUGAACUUUUGGGGUCCUUUACAAGCGGAGACUUACACAACCUGUUCUUUCCCUUAGCAAGCGAUGGUAAUCUCUAUGAUGUUUUGUCAUCAGAUCGCCAAGCAGAUUUAUUCGCCUCUUCUGAAACAAUGCUCGUUGAACUUGCUGCUUUAUCCUCUGCUAUCGAGCACGUUCAUGAUUUUUCCAAGGAAAACCUUGAUCUGGAGUUGAUUGGCUGUCACCAUGAUCUCCGUCCCCGCAACAUUCUCGUUUCAGGCAGCAAGCUAAUACUGGCUGACUUCGGCCUCUCAACGCUCAAGCCAUCUUCACAAAACUCAGAGACUCCGUUCAAGCACAAUGGUGACGAUUAUUUGGCUCCUGAGUGCGAAGACUGGGACAACAGCUUUGUCCCUGGUAAGGUUCAUCGAUCUGCUGAUAUAUGGUCUUUUGGGUGCAUUAUGGCCGAGAUUGUUACGUACCUUGUCUCAGGUCGUGAGGGAGUUGAAGAGUUUAGACAAAAGAGGAAACACAAAGUUCGAAACUGGACAUUCUAUCAAUUUCACCAAGGCUUUGAUCGACCAAGCGACGCAGUACAUCAAUGGUUAUCGGAUCUUGAGACUACAGGCCCUACAUGCACUGCGUUGCUUGUCAAGAGUAUAUGCCAAACAAUAGCUAUCAACCAAGCCUUAAGACCUACAGCUAGUAGUGUCACCUACAAGCUUCGAUUCAUAGCUGUACACGAAAUAUCAGUAUCGAUCAACGAAUUAUUCAGGCAACUGAAACACGCAGCACCAUCUAUAGACAUGUCCCUCGAACGCGAAAGGUUUCGGGCUUGGCAACAUGCCAUUGACCUGGAUGACCUGAAAGGGAAACUGUCUCAACCCAAAGGCAGCGGAUCAAGCGACGAGAGUACCAUGACACAGUAUAGUGGAAUAAUGGAAAGUUUGCGUCGCCUUAGAGAAGACCUGCAAGACAGACUUUCUAGAGGACUGGACUCACAGCGCUUGGACUUGUCACGCCUGGUGAGGCUACAGGAUGAGUUGCACUACUUCCUAGAUCAACAACAGAAGAAUUUAUCACAAGCGUACUUCCGUGUCUCUCUGCUGAGCGGCCAGGACGCAGCUCUAGGCACCCUCAACGAAGAUGGCGACCAGACCCUUGGAGCAAUCAGCCAUGACUUGCGUAUGCGAGCCUAUAUAAGAUACAUCAAUAGCCUGCUGGUUUCAGAGUCUGUUGGGGGUCAAGACCCCCCACGAAGCGGAUUUGAACCUCUACUUUCAAACCAGACUAUUCUUAUCGAUCCUAGUAGAAUCCCGAAGUUGAAGCCAAUCGGUGACCAUCACUUUGGAUCCGGGCUUCUAGAGAAGAGUGACUCGGAUACUAUAGUGAGCCGCCCCAUAUGGGUUGAGUGGCGCAGAUACGAACAUCAUGGUGCUAGUGAAGAUACUAUGGCCAAGUUGUACGCUCGGGCUACUCAGACCGCCAAUCUGUUAUCCCAGAAAAAGCCCGAUUCGUUUCGAACGCUUGACUGCCUGGGUCUCUUCCAUGAGCCAUCAAGAGGUGCCUUCGGCCUACUCUUUGAAUUCCCUCCUUAUUCCAGCAACCCCCCCAUUGCCCUGACUGGUACGCUAACCGGCCAUGGCAACGGUGCUCCUCUCGGAGGCACAGUCACGCUGGACAACAGGAAUAAGCCUGUUGUCAUGACUCUACGCGAUCGGCUCCAAAAGGAUAAUCCCACUUCAACCCACUCACGUGCUGCGACUGCGGCGCCCGACCUUGAUGACAAGUUUAAACUAGCAGCAACACUGGCAACGUCAUUAUUUGAGUUGCACACUGUUGGAUGGUUGCAUAAGAGUUUGACGAGCUCCAACAUCGUAUUCUUCCCUUCAUUUACGUUGCUACCAGAUUCUUUCGGCAAAGACACCGAUGUUACAGAGCACGGCUGGGCUGCUAACAGCCAAUCAAUACGAGAACCCUACCUUGUAGGCUUUAAUCACAGCAGACCAGAUGACCCUACGACAUUCACCUCUGGUCUCACAGAUUCAGAGUCAAGACACUACCAGCACCCAGCGUAUCUGAAAGCCGGUAUUGGCUACCGUUUGGAGUUUGACUAUUAUAGUCUGGGGAUUCUUCUCCUCGAGAUCGGCUUUUGGAAGCCAUUUAGUAAGAUCACCAAGGAUUGGAGCGGCUCAUUUGAAGAGCGCCGGCAGAGACUACUCACAAACCGUGUGCCGAAGCUCGCUCAGCAUAUGGGCCGUGAUUAUAGUGAAGCAACAAAAAGUACACAGACUCCCGAUCAUCUUAUUCUUGGUCCAACUCAUUCCACAUUUCUCAGCUCUCGCCUUUUCUCCAGCGCGGGGGUUUCUCAAUACUCUAAUUCUACCUCAGGAUGGAACCUGAUUACAUUUCUUGCUGUCGUCCAAGAACUAGAGAUUAAAAUCUUGCCAGUCGCAUGGGAGCCUGGGAGGCAAUUAAUUGGGAGAGGUGGAACAAGCCAGAUCAACCAGUCUGUCGUAACCCUCCAGGCGAGCUUUGCCUUCAAGCGUGUUUCUGAGGAGGACCGGCUCAAUAAGACGGAGGAGGACAUAUACCGGUGUCUUAUCAAUGAAGUGUUGGUUCUUUGCCAUCCUCGCGUUCGCGGCCACAGCAAUAUCCUUGACCUGCAAGGUGUAUGCUGGGAUGUGUCGCCAGAGAACCAAGAUGCAGCCUCUCCAGACUUGGAAAAGCAAUAUAAAAUCUGGCCAGUCCUGGUAUUCGAGAAGUCACAGCUCGGAGACUUGUUCGACUUUGCAGGUCGACCCAAUACCCAAAAGCUCACAAUAAUGGAGCGAUGGAUGGUCUGCCUUGACAUCGGAAAGGCGAUAACACACAUGCAAUCCAGCAAUGUUAUCCAUGGAGAUAUAAAGCCGCAAAAUAUUCUCAUCUUCAAACGCGACGAGGGUUUCACUGCCAAGGUUGCCGACUUUGGCUACUCAGCUUGGUAUGCCUCAGAUGACAAGCACAUUGUGCUUCCUCGGUCUCCUCUAUGGCAUGCUCCGGAAAUCGAUGAGUACCCUGAAUUCAAUUUGAGAAUGGCACUCCAGACAGAUGUCUAUUCAUUUGGCCUAGUCUGUCUAUGGUUCAUGUUUUACAGCUACUUGUCGGGAAACACCCCACUUCCUGGCCUGGAUCUAUCUACUCCAUUGCUGCACUCCGACAACCCCAAGGAAAGGUCUCUUCAACUUCUAUCCCGUCUCAAGUCUUCGAAUAACAGUAACGUUUCUUUGAGCCAACUUGUAGAGCAUCUUGAACCUUCACUCCAUGAAUUGUACUCUUCCGACUAUCGAGUAAGAUCUUGCAUCCGCCACCAGUUGGAAGAAAUAGUCAGAUCAAAGCCAGAGACGCGACUAUCACAACAGCUGAAGAUUUGUUACCAACUCGAAUUUGGACGUCCAGACUCAGCAACUAAGGUUAUGUCUCUGUAUGAUGGUAAACCCCAUGAGACGCGUCUGAACCCAGGCCUGGGAACCAAUGGUCCAGGCGUAUCAUUGUUCGAACAGCAGGUUGCUGAUGGCUACCUUUCCCCUGCACGUUCCCUCAUUCAGAAAUAUGUCAACGAUGGUGUUCUGGAUACAGCCCAACGCACGAUUGAAGCUGACAUCGAGAGUCUUAGAAAGAUACCAGAGACGCGAUUUCUUGUGGCUCUGCUGAAGUCAAAUCUUUCACUAGUCUUCUGUGCUCAGGGACAAUGGAAUAAAGCUGAAAACCUAGAGAUUGAGUUCCAGAAGGAACAGGCGAAUCUCUUGGGUAAUCGCAAUAGAGCAUGGCUGGGUAGAACGUUGAAUCUGGCGUACAUCUACAACCAUCAAGGUCUUUCAAAAAAGGCCGAGGAGCUUAGUUUACAAGCCCUUGAAACCUCAAAUGAGAUACUCACCAAGGAACAUCCUGACAUGCAGCUAGUAAUGCUCACCCUAGCAUCGACUUACUGGAGUCAGGACCGCUGGGAUGAAGCAUAUGAACUACAGCGAAGAGUCAUAGCAAUCAGAAAAAGGACCCUUGGUGAAGAUCAUCCCGAUACGUUGAGUAGCAUGGACGAACUUGCGACUACAUACUGGGCCCAAGGACACUGGAUCGAAGCUCAGAAAUAUGCAAGAGAAAUCGUCGAGAUCAGUAAGACCGUGCUAGGUCAAGAGGACCCCCAUUUCUUGGAUCUCUUAUCAAACCUGGCUUCGAUCUACAGGGAUAUCGGUUGGUGGGACAAAGCUGAAGAUCUCGAGUUCGGCAUUCUGGAAACCAGGCGGAAGGUCUCUGGCCCAGAACACCCACAUACGUUGGCAAGCAUGGUCAACUUGGCAUCCACGUAUGAGAAACGGGAUCGAUCGGAUGAAGCACUUAAUUUAGUAACGCACGCGUUGGAGAUAAGUGAGAGAACACGGGGUCCAGAGCACCCUCACACUCUUAGUACCGCCAUGGUGCUAGCUUCAUUCUUGCAAGGCCAAGAUGAGCUGGAGAAGGCAGAAAAGCUCAUGAUUACGACGAUGGAGACUUUGAAGAGGCUUCAAGGUCAACAUCAUUCAUUGACCUUGCUGGCGAUGGAGAGUUUAUGUUCACUCUACCUGGACCAAGCUCGGUGGGAAGAAGCUGAAACGCUGGGCCAAGAGGUCGUGGAUGCAAGUAAAGAACGACUCGGAGAGGAUCACCCUCGCACCUUGAUGAUAAUUUCAACCUCAGCAAAGGUUUAUCGCGAUCAAGGCAAGUGGGAAAGCGCAGAGAAGAUAGACUCGGAAGUCUUGGACAAAGCUGUCAAAACGCUGGGCGAAGAACAUCCUGAGACUAUGACCAUUAUGGCAAACUUGGCUAUUUCUUACUGGGGUCUUGAGAAACUAGAUGAGGCAGAAGCAUUGGAGAUCAAAGUUCUCGAAAUGAAGAGGAGGAUCUUGGGAAAUGGCCAUCCGUCAACAUUGACCAGCAUCGACAACCUGGCAGCUACAUAUGUUGAUCAGGGCCGUUGGGCGGAGGCUGAAGAGCUAGAGUUGGAACUACUCACCACCAAAGCAAAAACACUGAACGAAGACUUUUCAGUUGCAAGAACAACUGCAGAGACUGAAGCGAUGCUGUUUUGGGAUUAUGGCGAUAUUGAAGAGUCAGAAAGGCUGUGGCAUAUAGCUAUAGAGACGAGAGGGAGAAUUCUGGGCAAAGACCACUACUUUACAGUACAUACUAUGGAAAGACUUUUGGCUAGAUAUCAAGAGGAUGGGCGGUCGAAAGACAGUAAACAGCUGGCGGAGCAGAUUCGGGAGCUAAAGAAAGGUCAGAGAGAAUAUAGGCCUUCAACGAAUGCGGCGGCGAGCCAAGGAGGGUUACUAGGCUUACUACCAGAGUAUACAGAUAAGGUUGACAGAGAGGUACUGAAGGACCUGGGGUUAGAAGUCCAGCUUAAAUAUAGAUAA